UUGGUAGCUUUUCACUAUUCUUCGUUCAAUUUUGUUGGUCGCAUUUUUCAAAAUUCUUUCAACGCUCUAUUUCUCGUGCAUUGUAAUUUGUGCUUGGAUAUAUGUAUUUGCUAUAUGGUUUGCCUUGCUUUUAUAUGGGCUCAUAAAUAACAGCAAUUAAUGUAAAACGUUAAGAAAGGCUGCUGUAAAUUAUAAACAUCGGAAAACUUAAAAGUUUACGGUAAAUUGGCUGGAGCCUGCGGUCAACACAAUUUGGAUGUUGGUAUACUUUUUCAUCUCUACUCAAUACAAAUGUCUGGAUUGGAAAAAUUUCAAGCAAAUAAAGCUUGGCGUGCUAAAGUCAAGAAAUUGCUUGUUAUGCAACGCAAUUUAACUCCUCCCAUUCACGUCCCAGUGCAGAGCACAAGGUUUAGUUUGGAUCUAGCAGAAGAUUUGCAGGUGUUUCUUGAAGAAAAAAUCAUUCCCCGAGAAGGAAGUAGUCACUGUCACUCAAAAUAUAUUCCAGAAAAUAUGUUCGAAACAGAAAACGACGAAAAUAAACCUAUCAAUUCCAACUUAGCUUCCCGUUGUAAUAGUGGUAUGAAGAAUUUUUCCACUAGGGUACAUUGUGAUGAAACCAUGCUUGGUGGCCAACAACAGGUGGAACAAUUCCAAUGUUCAUCAGACGAGAGUUUUAUGGUUUUGGAAAAAAUGUGCGAUAAAACCGUCUCAGAUCCGGACAGUACGUUGUAUCAGUACACGCACAGCGAUGACAAGGAACUUAUUGUAGAAAAUGCUAAAAAGCGCAGUUCAGUUGGAACCAAUUUUAAAACUCCAAGCAGGAGAGAGCUUACAGAAAUAGAUGAAGAAGCAAAAUCUUUACAGCGAUUGCUGCAUGACUUAUGCGUAGAUGAGCAAAAACUACUGGAAAAUGAAACUCCGUUAAAGUGCGUUGAUGUCACUCAAUUAGAAGAUAUUGAAGCUCCCUCAAAGUUGUGGGAUACAACAAUUGUGGGAGAGUCUAUUUUACAAACAUCUCCAGUAAAGAUGGUGGGUCUUCUACGACCUUCCACCAUAAUGGAGGAAUGUGGUGACGACGAUUCCAACAACUCCUCAAGUGCAUAUGGGGAUGUUUCAUCACAUGUAAGUUUUCAAAGUGCAGUUAAAGGGAGUGAAACUUCUGCAACCAGUUAUUACGAAACGGGCCACGACAGCACUGGAACAAGUGCAGCGAGCAAAGUUUCGCAUAUUCUAGACGAUAAUGCGAUGAAAUAUGCUGAGCCAUUUGAUACAAGUUUUGAGUUAAUUAGUCUCGACAAAACGCUUGAGGCACCACAGCAACAUCUGGCAACUACAAAGGAGCACAGCAACUUUAGUAAAUCCAAUCUAGAGAGAGAAUCUCCAACAUUAUCUUUGGACAGUUCUGAAGAAGUUAUUGAAUUACUGUCGGAUGAAGAAUUAGACGAAGAGGAAAUAAAAGACAAUGGAAAUGGUGCAGAGUCAGUCAAGCAAAAUAUUGCUACAGUAACAGACAGCAGCGCUCUAUUACAACAAAAUUCAAUUGAGAAUAAAUGUGGCCUUAAUAACAUGAAUAAAGAAUUAAUUGAUUUAGAAAUGUCAUUUGAAAAUGACAACAAAGAGAAUUGUGGCAUCUUUAAUGAGAGUGGUGAGCAGUCAUUACAUUUCAAUGACACAAUGGAAGAGGUGGAAUACAUGAUGAAGAAAGGCAUGCAGUAUAUGGCAGCGGCAGAGCCAUCAAAAUCCGUUUCAUAUUCGCAAUCCCCUAUACUAAAAGAAAUUCCGAUUGUCCAACCCACAAUGAUAAUAAAGCCUUUGCAGGAAAAGGAAAGGACAUUUACAUUUUCUCCAAAGAAGCAAAAUAGUAACUGGUCAUCACCUAAAAAGGUAAAUCAUAGCAAGCCAACGGCGAUUGUUACGGGAACAAAAGCCAAAACACCUGUUUCAACCCCAAAGCGUACACUGCAAACAAGCGCACAAAAGAAUAAGCGCUUUGUAAUGGAUAUGAAACCAAUGCCUAAAUUAGAGUUAUUUAAAAAACCUGUUUCAGCGAUUCCGUCACGUCUGAAGGAGCCUACGGGUCGUAAACAAUUUUCGCAUAUUAUUAGCCCUGUCGGUGCUUACAUGAAAAAAACGGCCACCACUCCACUAAUGACUAAUUUAAGGCAGCGUUCGGAACAUCCAGAUGUACACAAUGCUACUGUCUUUCGUGAGCUCGAGCAAGAAACGAAAGUUUUCCAACCAAAAUUCGGCUCCGUGGUGAAUAAGGGCCCUAAGACUUCUAGUUUACCGAAAAAGGCAUACAUUUCAUCAGAAUUUAAACACAUCGUUGAUGAGCGCUCGCCUGUUACAAUACCUGGUGGCAAGAAAAUUCAAAAAUACCUUGAAAAUGCUAUGCUACCAGCUGUGGUACGGCACGAAGGUAAAUUGAAAAUGUCUGCCAAAGAAGCAAACCGCGAGGCAGCAGCACAAAAAGCGAGCUUUGGGAACGCGUCGCAGCGUAAUAAUGGCAGUUUGGCGAAUUUGUCGUUAAUGUCGGGUGACAUAUCUUUAUACACAAUGAAGGAUGCACAAAAAUUUUAGACAGGCGCUUCAUUAUAAAAAUGCAAACCAUUUUUUUAUGUUACCCAAUUCGUCUUAAUUAGAUUUACUUAUCGUAAUUACUAUAUUGAAAACACUUUCAAAACUUCUUAUUUACUUUACACUAAAAAUAAACACACGCAUAUUCAUAUCAAUAAAACUAG